AUGAAUUAUCAAAUCACUGCAGAUGAUGUGGCGCAAGUUGGUUUACCUGUCAGCAAUGAAUUCGAGAAUUUGGACAAUCCCGAUGACUCUGUGGUUUCGGAUGGCAGUGAUAUCGAUGUUUUGCCUGUGAACGAGGCUUUGGCGGAUACGGAAAUCGCUGGCAGCCAUGGCAGCAGUUCGGAUCAAAUGAAAAUGGAGGACGAUGCAGACGAUGAUUUGGAUUUCGGCACUGAGUUACUGUUGAUUGGCGAGGGCAACAAAGCAGGAGGAGAAACGGGCAACGAAACAGACGAUGAUAGUGACGAAGGUGAAUAUGAUGAAGGAAUAUACUCAGCAAGAGGAAAUUUUUUGUACAGGCAGCAAUCGUUGCAGGCAAUGGUGACCAAUUCGCGGAGCAAGGAACUGAUUCCGAUUACGCAUUGGUCUUUCAGCCCAAUGGCACUGGCAGCAAUCGUUGCAGGCAAUGGUGACCAAUUUGCGGAGCAAGGAACUGAUUCCGAAUACGCAUUGGUCUUUCAGCCCAAUGGCACUGGUAAUUUCCACUUACCACUUAUGAUAAAUGUGAUGUACUAA